GUAUCCGGUCCGAUGUUUCCUUUUUGCACUAGGGUUUCAAAUGUUUCCCGAAACGUUCAAAACUCGAAAACUCCGUGAAAACGGAGGGCUUUUCCCUUUUCGAAGUUCGAAAUUUCACACCCACCGUCCUCCCCUCACUCCGAUUUUCUUUUGUGUUUUUGGGUGCCAAUUUCUCAUACACUGGGAAAGCUGAAACAUGCCUUCCGAGGAGGAUGCGAAGCCUGUGAAGGUGCAGAGGGAAGUUAAAGAGGAAGAGGAGGACGAUAAGAUGAGCUUGGGUACAAUAAUGCUCAACCACAAGAAGAAAUCCACAAAAAUUAUGAACAAUGCGAAUGGGAAUUCCACAUCUGCGGCAAGAGAAGCCAAGGUGAAGAAAGAAGAACAGCUCGAUAAUGAUUCUGAUAAACCCACUAAGGCUAAGCCCAAACAAGAACCCAGAGUUAAGAAGGAAGAGAAGAACAACGACAGUGAGGAUGCUAUGCCCGAUAAGGAAUUGAAGAAGAGGACAAUAAAGAAAAUGGAGGAGGAGGAGGAAGAGAAGAAGAAGAAGAAGAAGAAGGGUUCAGAGGUUACACAAGAGCAGAAGAAGAAGGAGAAGAAGGGGCCAGAUUUUACAACAGAGCUGAAGAAGAGGGAGAAGAAGGAGAAGAAGGUUUAUGAUUUGCCUGGUCAGAAGCGAGACCCUCCCGAUGAGAGAGACCCACUUAGGAUUUUUUAUGAGACGCUUUAUGAGCAAGUUCCCAAAAGCGAAAUGGCACAGUUCUGGCUGAUGGAGUGUGGUUUGCUAUCUAAAGAGGAGGCAAAGAGAGUGUUUGAGAAGAAGCAGAAGAGGAGUCAGCAGCAAAAACUCGGUUCUCCAAUGAAAGCUGUAGCUUCUGUAAAGAAGAGCACAGAGUCAGUUACUGUCAAGAAACCAUCAACCCCAGUGCCUUCAAAUCAAAAGAAGUCAACGGUCUCUAAAGAUGCAUCUACGCAGUCUAAGAAGCGGAAGAUUGAAGAUAGAAGCUCAGAGAGUGACUCUGAUGAUGACUUUGCGUUGUCCACUAGGCUAAAGAAGAAAAGGCAAGCAGCUUAGUUGUAUUUCUGGUUAACAAAUCACAGCACUUCACCUUUCUUCUGCUAUUAUUUGGUGGCAUUCUGAUUAUGUGAUUUAGCUCAUUCAUGGUGACCAAUACUGGUCAAUUGAUGGCAACUUUUAACUGGACUGAAUGUUGGCCCAACCAACUCGCCUAUGGCAAUGAAGGGAUCAUGUCUAAUCGUUCUUUUA